CCAUCGAGAAUGGUGCAGAUACUAUCUCUCAUCCACAGCAAAAAGGGGACUCUGAGUAGCAUGCCGUACAUACCAGCUGACGUCACAAACCUACGGGCAAGGUACCGUAGAGAGAGCAAGUUGGCAGACAUAGAGGCCACAAUUGCCUACUUCGAUGAGAAAGCCAAAGAAGAUGCAGAUUUCUUCUACAGGAUAAGGUUGGACGAUGAGGACCGUGUCAGGAACAUGUAUUGGGUGGAUGAUGCUGCAAGGAGAGCCUACAAACAUUUCCGAGAUUGCAUUUCAUUCGACGCGAUGUACCUCACCAACAUGUACAAGAUGCCGUGCGCUCCGUUCAUAGGGAUAAAUAACCACAAUCAGUCGUUGCAGUUCGGCUGCGGGCUCGUCCGGAACAAAGACACGGAUGGGUACGUUUGGCUGUUCAAGACCUUCUUGGAGUGCAUGGAUGGACUUGCUCCGAUGAACAUAAUAACGGACCAGGAUUUCAGCAUGCGUGCAGGCAUAGAGGAGGUCUUUCCGUUGGCAGUGCACAGGCACUGUAGGUGGCACAUUAUAAAGAAGGCUGAGGAGACACUAGGACCGUUCUUUGCUGACCGUCCAGAGCUGCACAAGGCAUUCGAACUGUGCGUGGACCACAGCUUGACGGUGGAGGAGUUUGAAAGGAGCUGGAUGGCCAUGACUGAAACACAUCAAACUACGCAGCGCAGCGAGGGAUUCAAUGCUGUUUUGAAGCGGUACGUUAGUCCUGGCAACUCAUUGCUACAGUUUGCCAAGCAGUACACAGCUUUGCAACAAAAAAUUCUGGGAUCUGAGCUGCAGCAAGAAGCGAACACCGCGCUAAAGCAACCAAAAUUGCUAACGUACUUACCGAUGGAGAGGCAAAUGAGCAAGAUAUACACCAACAAGAUCUUUAACAAAUUCCAGGAAGAAAUAAAGCGUGCCAGCAUGUUCACGGCUUUCCAGGUGGACAAACGUACGUUCAAGGUGUGUUCUAUUUUGGGCAUGUCAGAUUCAGAACCUGAAGACCCGGACAAAGGAAGGAACUACUUCGUCACAGCCUCGAUAGGCGAAGGCGAGUUCUACUGCCAAUGCUGCAAGUUCGAACGGGACGGCAUUGUGUGCUGUCACAUACUAAAAGUAAUGGACGUGAACGCUGUGACACGGAUGCCCCGACAUUUCAUAAGGCGGCGAUGGACUUGGGACGCUGACGAUGCGUUGGCGCCGCAAACAACACACGCAGUUCUGGCUGUGCAUGACGAGAGACCAGAGUCAACCAUGGAAGCCGUGAGGCACAUUGUGCUGACAAAGAAUUAUGCUGAGCUAAUUGAUGAAUCGUGCAAGAGUGAUGACACAGCGAGAGUCGCAGAAAAACACAGGAAAGCACUAAAAAGAGAGCUUGAUGAGAUCAAGAAGAGGAAAGCCGAGGAAGCCUUACACCGGUUCCCCCGCACAUCAAGCGUGCCUUCAUCCACGGGGUCGUCGUCUGAAAACUCGGAGAUAGGAUCUGGAACAGCAAGCACACAGACCCAGGUCAGGAACCCACCCCGUUCCAUCACAAAGGGUCGUCCAAGAGAGAUAAGGUACAAGUCGGGAUUGGAGAUCCAAGCAAAACACAAGAAAACGAAGAAAGGGGCGGCCAAUCCAUGA